ACGGAGGUACUUGUAGGGCAGUCUGGCGCUGGCUCAGGUUGGUAGUAGGUACGGAGUUCUUGUACAAAAACUUUCCAGCCCGGGGUUCCUCCUGACUCCUGAGCGUUUCACCUGCUCUCUUUCUGCCACCCCUUCACUCACCUUGAAAUACUGACUUCUGACCACUGGCUGCCGACUUUCUGCCCAACGGACCAACUGUUGGUGCCUCGUCUAUCCACCCAUCUAUUUUAGUUGGACGGUAGCAUUUAAAGUGGACGAACGAUCGCUUGCGCCUCAAAGUCGCCCACCUCAAGUCGCCAAGUUCAGGGUCCCGCAACCGAAAGAGCGCUGAGUACUACGCUCGAGGCCGUGCCUUGCUGAAGAACCUCUACUCAGCCGACAAACCACCAACUCAACCAACCUCUCUGCCAGCACAUUCCCAUUCCGAAGAAACUCUAAAAACCUCAAUCGCCACCUGCCAGCAGCCUCGAGGUCGCUGAUUCAUCCAUCAUGGCAUAUAACCGAACCUUCAACCCGGAUUCUCUGCCUGCGUAAGCCCGCCCCUCCAAAUCACCCCGCGAUAUCCAGCGCUGACCAGAAAUUCCAGAUUCGCAGAACCUGAACGGGUAUUGAUUCACCACUUCUACUAAGCAGAACCACUACUAACCUUCAUCCACAGAAAUCCAACAAUACUCCUACUGCCCCAUCCCACUCUCCAAAACCACUUCCGCAACACUCGCGACAUCCUUCUCGGCCUCAUCACAGCUCAGCCCAAGAAGCAGCGCACGCCCAGCAAUACGGGAACAAACCACAACCACCUCUUCCAGACCCAAGACAAGCAGGAGGAAGAAGACUGUCUCCCCAGAUGGCUCCGCAAGGAAACUACGGAUAUGGAGGUUCUGGUUCUCCGCCAGGCUCAAGCCAUUCAAGUCAUGGAGGAUAUGGCUCUAAUCCAACCGCAAGCGGAUAUGGAGCUGCAGCACCAAGUUACGGCGCGCAGGCACAGAGACCUCCAGUUUCCAGACCACCUCCUUCUCCAGCACCACCAAAUGGCGCAGACCCAGCCCUAUGGCCUCUCUUCAAAGCGGUUGACAAAGACGGUAAGUCAUUCUGUUCAUGUAAAAAAACGUAAUAUAUGACUCUGGCUUCUGACUCUACACUACAGGCAGCGGGCAACUUACUGAAAAAGAACUCCGAGCCGCUCUAGUCAACGGAGACUGGACAUCUUUUGACCCUCACACUGUGAGAAUGAUGAUCCGUAUGUUUGACAGUGAUCGAUCUGGUCUCAUUGGAUUUGAGGAAUUCUGCGGAUUAUGGGGAUUCUUAGCCGCGUGGCGGGGACUCUUUGAUCGAUUUGAUGCCGACAGAAGUGGAAAUAUCAAUCUAGCUGAAUACACGAAUGCCCUGGUAGCUUUUGGAUAUCGACUGAGUCCAACCUUUGUUGGUACGCUUUUCCGAACAUUCGACAAGAGAGCCGAGGGCGCGAUCAGUUUUGAUCUGUUCGUGCAAAGUUGUAUCAGUCUGAAGAGAAUGACGGAUGUCUUCAAGAAGUAUGAUGAUGACCGCGAUGGAUAUAUUACUUUGUCUUUGUAAGUGUUCUCCCUCCUUACCACAUCAUCUUUUCAUGAAAAAUUUUAAUUUUGAAAAUAGUGAGGAUUUCUUAACCGAGAUCAUUCGACAGCGAUAAUGGAAUAGAGAUAAUUAUUGGGAAAGGUAGUAACUGGGGCUUAAGUGGGUUGAAGACAGCGACGCCAGGAUUUGGCGCAAUUUAUUUUCUUGCAUGACUUUUCUUCCUUUGUAGCUUGUUUUUCUCUGACGGACGACUUCUUUCUAUCUUUGUGAUAUGAGUGGAAAUCGGCUUCGGAUAUAUAGACAAAUGUGAUACCCAUAUUACAAAACUGAUU